ACAAAAAAAAACAAGAAAAACUAAACAAAAAAUGUGCGAAAAUCCGCUAAAAAAGAACACUCUUCUCAUCGCGAUGAAGAUCAUUUUUGCCUUUCAUGAAACGAAUUUCCCCUUAAAAGAAAAACAACAAAACGAAACAAAGAUUAUGAAAUAUGAAACUUGUUAACUUUUGCCCCGUAUUUUAUUUUUUAUUUUUUGUUUGUAUUUUUGUUUAUGUAGUUUCGUUGACAGAUCCCGAUCCGAUCGAUCAGAUCAGAUCGGGUCAGAUCAAAUACUAACCACACUCAAGACACACUCGUCACACACAAACACACACAAACACACAAGACAUGCAUCCAUUGCCUUAUUAUCCAGAGAACAAACGAUAUCUGCAUCCAUACCUUAUAUAACUAGUGUAAGAAUCAAUGUAUCGAUUUAUAUCGAUCGUAUAUCGAACCUGUACGAGCGUUUGUUUGUUGAAUUUGCUUUUACUUUUUAGCAGCUUCGAUUUAAAUCAAAUAUACAUACUACGCGCCCGGGCUCGCACACACACCUGCCGCCAGCUGAGAGAUCUAUAAUCGGAUGCAAAUCGAUAUAUAAUCUAUAAACUAUACAGUGCAGCUGUGUGUGUGAUCCGUGUGCUCUAUAUAAUCAUUAGUAACAGCAAAACAAAAAAAAUGCAUGCAGAGUAAAUUGUUACAAAACAACGCUAACCUUACCGAUGGCCGAUGGUAUGCAUAGGAUAUAUCCGUAGCCAUAUAUAGCCUAUAAUAUACCCAGGAAUGAGUCGGCGGAUUGAAGGAGUGGAGGAUAGCACAAAAAAAUGAUAUCGAUUAUCGAUAAAGGUCAGACAGACACAGAGACACUGAGAGACAGGGAGCGAGAGGUUAGCCGAAGAACGGGCAGGCGAAGAAAUCGAUAUAUAUAUGUAUUACAUUUUAUGAACGUCAAGCUUAUCUCAACUAUUUCAAAAACAAAACUAAAAACAAAAAAAAAACCAAAAAAUCUGAAAAUUAUAAUAAACGUAUUUAUGUGAAGUCCCGGGUGGUGUCUGUUCAUUGUCCUUAAAAGCCUUGCAGGUAUUUUUAGUGUCCUACAGGUUCUAGGUUCCCGGUUUCCCAGGCUAAUUUCAGCUUGGAGCCACGCCACCCUUGUUGAGCCACCAUGAUUGAUGGGACACUGAUGACUUAAUGGAUAAUGAUGGAUGAGAGGUACUUAGGACUUCUAUGGCAGCCAUCAGAUGCCACUGAAGCACCUGACUAACAGCUCACUGCAUUGAGGUAUCUCCUAGAGAGCGGUUGUUGCAGAUAGAUAGAGCUAACCCUAUCCAUAUCCAAUCCAUACGGCAUGGACACGCUGAAAGCGCUGGAGCCGCUGCAUCGCGUAUGCCGAGUGUGCAAUCUGUGGCACUGGCACCUAGCCCCACCCUCGCCGCCAGACACGGAUGGCAUACUCCUACGACGAUCACGCUGGCUGGAGCUGUACGGCUGGAGCGUGCUGGCGGCUGCCACCGCAUACACCGCCUACGGGCUUUUCCAGGACAGCAGCAUCCAGGUGGCAGUGGGCGGCAGUGAUGGAGGCGACACGAGCAUCACCAGCAUCGGACACACCGUGGACUUCAUCCAGCUGGUGGGCAUGCGUGUGGCUCAUGUGGCCGCUCUGCUGGAGGCCCUGUGGCAGCGCCGGGUGCAGCGUGACUUUUACGCCGAGCUGGGCGAGAUUGACCGGCAGCUGGCCAAGGCCUUGAGAGUGGAUACGGAGGGCAGGCUGCUACAGAUGCGCCGCCAGACUGCGCGCAGUGCCAUGUGGAUGCUUUGGGGCUAUGCGCUCAGCCAGAGCUUGAUUUUGGGAGCAAAGCUACUGGCUCCUGGCCACCAGUUUCCGGUCUACUGGAUCUACUACCUGCUGCCGCUGCUCGUGUGUGGCCUGCGCUACUUCCAGAUCUUUACCGCCGUCCAGAUAGUGCGUCGACGCCUGGACGUUCUCCUGCUUGCCCUGCAGCAGCUGCAGCUGAGCCAGAAAUCAACAGAGGCGGCGACGAUCGGAGAGAGAGCAGAUCCAAAGCCGGAAGACUGCGGCGACCCGGAUCAGGCGGCCAUGGAACGACUAAUGACCGUAAGAGUCGUCUACCAACGAGUCUGGGCCCUGGUGGCCCUACUGAACAGGUGCUACGGUCUCUCCAUGCUGAUGCAGGUGGGCAAUGACUUCCUGGCCAUCACCUCCAAUUGCUACUGGAUGUUCCUGAACUUCCGCCAGUCGGCUGCCUCGGCUCUCGACAUCCUCCAGAUCGUGGCCAGCGCGGUAUGGUCGGCUCCCCAUCUUGGAAACGUGCUCGUCCUCUCGCUGCUCUGCGACCGCACCGCUCAGUGUGCCACUCGGUUAGCUUUAAGCCUGCACCAGGUCAGUGUGGAUCUGCGGAACGAUAGUCACAACGCUCUGAUUACCCAGUUCUCGCUCCAGCUGCUCCACCAGCGACUCCACUUCAGUGCCGCCGGCUUCUUCAACGUCGACUGCACGCUCCUUUACACGAUUGUGGGCGCCACCACCACGUACCUGAUCAUCCUGAUCCAGUUUCACAUGAGCGAGUCCAGCAAUGGUAGCGGAUCGAAUAGAGAGUAGAACAAAAAAUUAAGCUAUUUUCGGGAAACCGAAUUUUUUAUACCCUUGCAGAAAAAAACUAUCAUGGCUCUGUCAAAAAUGCUUUCAUUUCCAAUCAGAAAACGUUUCCGUGCUAGCUUUUGUAAGGUCAACAAACCAGCAUACUGAAUUUUAAUCUUAAAAUAUAAUUUUUUUUUAAUUUUUG